GUAAAGACAAAAAUGAAAAUUUAAAUAAAUAUAAAAAGGAUUAAAACAAUAAAAAAUAAUUAAAAAUGAAGUGUUCAAUAACGAUUUUGUGCUUAAAUCUAUCCUUAAUUUUUUCACUAUUUUUACAAACUGCACAAUGUGCCAAAAUAUUAGCUGUCUUUCCAUUUCCUGGUCCAUCACAGUAUAUUCUAGUGCAGCCAUAUUUAAAAGCUUUAGCUGCCAAAGGUCAUGAGAUGACAGUAAUCAACGCUUUUCCUCAAAAACAAUCGAUUGUUAAUUUUCGAGAUGUGCCCGUAAUAGAAGUUCAUGAUAAUUAUGCAGAAUUAGUAGAAUCAGCGAAAAUAAAACGCAACAAAUGGGAAGAAAUGACAUUUAUGGCUGGAUUUUUUCUUAAUCUCACCGAAACGGUUGUGAAAAAUCCCGAUGUUCAAAAAUUACUUAAUAAUGAAAAAUUCGAUUUGGUCAUAGUAGAAGCAUUACACACAGAUACUUGGUAUGCGUUUGCUAGACAUUUCAAUGCAUCAUUGAUUGGUCUUUCCUCCUUCGGUACAGAUCCUAUUAUUGAUGAGCUAAUGGGUAAUAUGUCACCACUUUCGUAUUCUCCUCUAAUAACAGCUGGUUUAACAGAACGCAUGACCUAUGGAGAACGUUUAAAAAAUGUUAUAUUAUCAUAUUUGGAAGUAUUGCAUGCACGAGUUCAUACUAUACCGCGGCAAAGAAAGCUUAUAACAACCUAUUUGCCACAUAUUAAAGAAGAUAUAUGGGAGUUGAGAACAAAUUUUUCUCUCAUGUUGCUUAACAAUCAUUUUAGUUUAAGUUUUCCUCGACCUUAUGUACCUAAUAUGGUGGAGGUGGGUGGAUUUCAAAUAUCCUAUAAAUCCAAGCCUUUGCCUCAGGAUAUUAUGAAUUUUAUUAAUUCUUCCACACAAGAUGUCAUCUAUUUUUCUAUGGGUUCUAAUGUUAAAUCGAAAGAUUUUCCUGCUGAAAAAUUGCAAAUGCUAAAUGAGGUCUUUAGUUCAUUGCCCUAUAAAAUAUUAUGGAAAUUUGAAAAUCCCACUUUGCCGGGCAAACCAGAUAAUGUUUUCAUUAAAUCUUGGUUCCCUCAACCUGAUGUUUUGGCCCAUCCCCGUGUUAAGCUAUUUAUAUCCCACGGUGGUUUAUUAAGCACCUCAGAGGCGGUUUAUCAUGGUAAACCUAUGUUGGGUUUGCCAGUAUUCUACGAUCAACAAAUGAAUAUUAGAAAAGCUGUACAGUCUGGUUUUGCUUUGGACAUAGAUUUUCAUACUCUUCCACGUGAACAGUUUAAAUCGAGCAUUUUGGAAAUAAUGAAAAAUCCGAAAUAUUUAAAUAAUGCUAAAACUAUAUCGAACAUUUUUCAUGAUCGACCCGUUAAACCUUUAGAUUUGGCUGUAUAUUGGACAGAAUAUGUUCUAAGGCAUAAAGGGGCUGUACAUUUGCAAAAUCCUGCUCAAAAAAUGAAUUUCGUACAAAAAUAUAGUAUUGAUACGGUGGGUGUUUUAGUGGCGGCCUUAGUGUUGUGUGUUAUUGUGGUUAUUGUCAAUGUGUGGAAAAUUGUUAAAUUAGUUUUUGAGAAAAAAUCUACUAAGAAAGAGAAAGUUAACUGAAUAAAGGAAAUAAAAUUUAUAGAAAUUGAA